AUGGACCAAGCAGAUAAUGACAAUACUGACCAAAUACACCAACAGGAAGAAGAUGACCGUAUAGCACAUGAUGAAACUGUAGAGGAAGCUGUUUAUCGAUAUGUUAGGGGACUUGACUUCCCAGAAUCCUCAUCAUCUUCAUCGGAUAUAAAUUGGAAUAAUAAAAGAUAUAUUGAGCUACCACAGGAUAAUAUCACUAGAAAGAUGCCUAGACAUGACUAUGGUCAUGAUGAUGAAGAGGAUGACGAUCUUUUGCACGAUGACACUGAUUUGCUAUUGAGAGAUGCGUCACCUAUGUUUAGUAAGUCGACAAGUACACUACCAGUGAAUAUAUCCCAACGAAUCAAAUCAUUUCAUGAAGUACUGCCAAAGGUUAGCUCCCUAAGGAAUGUGCCAGUGUUUAAUAUCACCUCGACUACAAGAUCAAAGUUAGGAAAUGUUGAAGGGUUUGAAACUGUUAUCAAAGAUACAAGAGGUUGUGUGGAACGACUUAGUCCAACUUUAAAGAGUAACAAGAUUUUUACAAAAGAGGAGGACCAAAUUGUUGAUGAAUUCAUUAACAAAUAUUGUAAAUAUGAGAAUAUAACAAUUAAUCAGUUCAAAAAUCGGAUGUGGAGCGAUACAAGGAAACGAAGUCAUUCGUUGACUAUAUUUUGGAAAACCGUUUAUAAAAUGUUUUCUCAUAGAUCACAGACAUCUCUCUAUAGUCACAUACGACGUCGAUAUCAUAAUUUUAGUAAAGUGGGUAAUUGGACUGAAGGAGAAGAUCGUCGAUUAAAUGAGUUUUGUCAACAGUCUGGAUCUGUUAUCAAAUGGAGUCAAAUUGGACUUGAAUUGGACCGAAUGCCUGAAGAAUGUAAAGAUCAUUGGAGAAAUCGUAUAAAGAUAGAAGGUAAGCAAUUAAAAAAUAAGUGGACACCCAAGGAAGAAGAAAAUUUAGUUAAUAUAGUGAAGAAUACUUUUGAACUUAACCAAUCAAUUAAUUGGGAUAAAGUCAGUGAAAUGAUGAAUGGAUCAAGAUCUAGAUUACAAUGUCGAUUCAAAUGGAAACAAGUUACGAAGAAAAACCUUAAAGUGCAAACGGUGCAAAAGAUGUUGAGGUUGAUGAAAGAUCACCCAUGUGAGAAUACAUUGAAGAUCGACCAUGAUUAUUGGGAACAAAUUGCUCAAACUGAUAACGAUUGGACUGCUAAACAAGUACAAGUUGUUUAUAAAGAAUGGGCAAAGAAAGUGCCGGACGUAAAGGAUAAAACAAUGACUCAAGUAAUCACCUACAUUUUGGAAUAUCUAAUUGAAGAUAAAAACGGCUAA